CAAAAUCCAAGAUUUUAUUCAGCGCAGUUUAGAAGAAACGCGUUUUGUCUCGCUAUAUGAACCUAAAUUCGUGUUCAUUCCCAUACAUCGCCCUUUUGCCUUCUAUAAAUUCACAGCUUCCCUAAUUUCUCUCCAAUUUCCACCAAAACCUAAACCCCGAAAAGAAUCUUCUAGAUUUUCAUCAUGGCUGCCGAAACCCAACCCCAACAAAUCAAUGAGAUAAAAGAAGAGCAAGAACUCAAGUACCUUGAAUUCGUGCAAUUCGCAACUCUUCAGGCUCUCAUGCGUUGCGCCAUCCUCUACUCGUACGCCAAGGAACGCGCCGGCCCUCUGAAGCCCGGCGUUAACACCGUGGAGGAGGCCGUUAAGACCGUGGUGGCUCCAGUGUACGACAGGUUCCACCUUGUCCCAGGCGAGCUCCUCAAAUACGCCGAUCGCAAGGUCGGGGAGUUGGACCGCCGCGUUCCCUCCAACGUGAAGAAGGUCUCCUCACAGGCCCGCUCCGUCGUCUCCGAUGUCCGCCGCGAGGGUGUCUCCACCUUUGCGAAGACCGUUUAUUCAAAGUAUGAGCCCACGGCGGAGCAGUGCGCCGUGUCCGCGUGGCGGAAACUUAACCAGCUUCCGCUCUUCCCUCAGGUGGCCAACGCCGUGUUGCCUAAGGCUGCAUACUGUACGGAGAAGUACAACGAGGUUAUUGUUUCCUCGGCUGAGAAAGGUUAUAGGGUUUCAGCUUAUCUUCCUUUGGUGCCCACAGAAAAGAUCGCCAAAGUCUUCAAUGGAAAUUAAUCUGCCUUUGUUGUUGUUGUUUUUUUUUUUUUUUGACAAAGUUGUUGCUCUUGUCAGUUUUUCUGUUGGAUAUUAUUGGAUAUUGUGAAUGAUCUGCACUGUUUCUUUUAUAAAAUAAUUGUUCCAGUUUUAUUCUGAA